CAUCAGUCAAAGUCGUUAGCUAUAUCUGUCAUUUCGUAGUUUCAAUUUUCAGAAACCGUUAAACUUUGAAAACGAAUACAAUGUCAUCUAAAGAUUUGAAAAUUAAUAAAGCAGCAGAGACAUAUUUAAAGCAACUUAAAAUACCGAAAUCUUUAGAAGAAGACACGGAAAGAUUAGUUUUUAAAAUGAUGUCUCACGAUGCUUUCGGAAAUCCAAACUAUAAAUGGUCAUUGAAUGAUUUCGAAUUAGGUAGUAGACUAGGAAGAGGAAAAUUUGGCAGGGUAUAUAUUGCUCGUGAAAAAAAAACUGGAUAUAUUGUAGCUCUCAAGACUUUAUUUAAACGAGAGAUCGUAAGGGGCCGCGUUGAACGACAAACUUUACGAGAAAUAGAAAUUCAAAGUCACUUAAAACAUCCUAAUAUAUUACAAUUAUUGGCAUGGUUUCAUGAUUCACACAGAAUAUAUCUCAUAUUAGAAUAUGCUGGCAAAGGAGAAAUCUACAAACAUUUGAAGAUGGCCGAAGGUGGAAGAUUUAAUGAACAUUUAUCGGCGAAAUAUAUUUACCAAGUAGCAGACGCUCUAAGUUACUGCCAUCAAAAUCAUGUGAUUCACAGAGAUAUCAAACCUGAAAAUUUAUUAUUGACAAUUACUGGUGAUGUGAAACUGGCUGAUUUCGGAUGGUCAGUACACGCACCUUCCUUAAAUAGAGAAACAAUGUGCGGUACAUUGGAUUAUUUACCUCCUGAAAUGGUGGAAGGACUAUCAUACAAACAGUAUGUGGAUCAUUGGUGUUUAGGUAUACUGUGUUAUGAAUUUCUUGUUGGAAAGCCGCCUUUCGAAAGUGAAGACCAAGAGGAAACUUACAGGAAAAUUAGAAGUGGGCAAGUUUAUUAUCCAGAUUACAUCUCUCCCGGUGCUAAAGAUCUAAUUUCUAAACUUCUGGUACAUCGGAGUGAAAAAAGACUUUCUCUAAAAGAAGUAAUGCACCAUCCAUGGAUUGAAGCAAAUAGGAACAGAACUAGGACAUGAAAUUCAUUUGUUCGAUUAUGGAUUUUAAUUUGUUGUAUUAACGUUUUAUAUAUUGAUGGAAAUAAUUAAGAUAUAAAAAAAUAUGGGACUAUACAAUCCUUUAGUAAA